CAGCAGGGUAAUAAUGUUAGCAGAGACCAGUCUUUCCAUAUGGGGAUGGGGAAGUCUUGGCGUUGUGCUUUUUCUAGUAACUUUUGGACCCUUUGCUAUAUUUUACUUUGCAUUUUAUAUCCUCUGCUUUGUGGGUGGGGGUUUUGUGGUUACUCUUUUAUUUGGAAAAAGCAACUCAGAAAAAUACCUUGAGCAGUGUGAACAUUCGUUUCUUCCUUGUAUGUCAGUUGGGAUUCCUAAGUGCAUAGAAGAAAUGAAACGUGAAGCCAGACCUAUUAAGAUUGACAGAAGACUGACGGGUGCAAAUAUAAUUGAUGAGCCUUUGCAACAGGUAAUCCAGUUUUCCCUGAGAGACUAUGUGCAGUAUUGGUAUUACACACUAAGUGAUGAUGAAUCGUUUCUUCUGGAAAUCAGGCAGGCUCUUCAGUAUGCACUUGUUCAAUUUUCUGCCAGGUCAAAGGAAACAGACUGGCAACCUUAUUUCACUACACGACUUGUUGAUGACUUUGGCACUCAUCUUCGUGUUUUCAGAAAAGCUCAGCAAAGAAUAGCAGAGAAAGGUGAUCAGAUGAAAGACCAAGCUGAGGAACUUGUAGACACAUUCUUCGAGGUUGAAGUUGAAAUGGAAAAAGAAGUCUGUCGUGAUCUAGUCUGCACUUCUCCCAAAGAUGAAGAAGGAUUCCUAAGGGAUCUGUGUGAGGUUUUACUGUAUAUAUUGCUACCUCCUGGAGACUUCCAGAACAAGAUCAUGCGAUACUUUGUCAGGGAAAUCCUCUCCCGAGGUAUUCUUCUUCCAUUAAUAAACCAGCUCAGUGAUCCUGAUUAUAUUAAUCAGUAUGUCAUAUGGAUGAUUCGUGAUUCCAACUGUAACUAUGAGGCCUUUAUGAAUAUUAUUAAAUUAAGUGAUAAUAUAGGAGAGUUGGAAGCAGUGAAAGAUAAAGCAAGUGAAGAACUGCAAUAUCUUCGAUCCCUAGAUACAGCGGGAGAUGAUAUCAACACUAUAAAAAAUCAAAUUAACAGUUUAUUAUAUGUUAUUAAAGUAUGUGAUUCAAGAAUUCAGAGAUUGCAGUCAGGAAAAGAAAUAGAUACUGUGAAACUGGCAGCAAACUUUGGAAAACUUUGCACAGUCCCUCUGGACCAUAUUCUGGUAGACAAUGUUGCACUACAAUUUUUUAUGGAUUACAUGCAGCAGACUGGUGGCCAAGCGCAUCUGUUUUUCUGGAUGACAGUUGAAGGAUACAGGGUUACAGCACAGCAACAGCUGGAGGUACUUCAAAGCCGGCAGAAAGAUGGAAAACAUCAGACUAAUCAAACCAAGGGUCUAUUAAGAGCAGCUGCAUUUGGAGUUUAUGAGCAAUAUUUAUCAGAAAAGGCAUCUCCGAGAGUUAAUAUUGAUGACAACUUAGUAGCAAAACUCGCAGAAACACUGAACCAUGAGGAUCCAACACCUGAAAUCUUUGAUGACAUUCAGAGAAAGGUAUAUGAGUUGAUGCUGCGAGAUGAAAGAUUCUACCCUUCGUUCAAACAGAACGUGUUGUAUGUGCGUAUGUUAGCUGAGCUGGAUAUGCUGAAGGAUCCUAGUUUCAGAGGAUCAGAUGAUGGUGAAGGAGAAUCUUUUAAUGGGUCUCCUACUGGCAGCAUAAAUCUGUCCUUAGAUGACCUUUCAAAUGUCCCUUCUGAUGAGACAGUUCAACUCCAUGCAUACAUCUCAGAUACUGGAGUGUGUAAUGACCAUGGCAAGACAUACGCACUGUAUGCUAUUACAGUCCAUCGGCGAAAUCCAAACAGUGAAGAGACAUGGAAGACUUAUCGACGCUACAGUGACUUCCAUGACUUUCACAUGAGGAUCACUGAGCAGUUCGAAAACCUUGCAAAUAUACUGAAACUUCCUGGCAAAAAGACAUUUAACAAUAUGGACAGAGAAUUUUUGGAAAAGAGGAAAAAAGAUUUAAAUGCAUAUUUGCAGCUCUUGUUAAAUCCUGAAAUGAUGAGGGCUUCUCCAGCUUUAGCCCAUUAUGUGUAUGACUUCCUGGAGAAUAAAGCCUACAGCAAAGGAAAGGGGGAUUUUGCACGGAAGAUGGACACAUUUGUAAACCCACUGCGUAACUCUAUGAGAAAUGUAUCAAAUGCAGUCAAGUCUCUCCCUGACAGCCUGGCAGAGGGAAUGACUAAAAUGUCAGACAACAUGGGUAAAAUGUCAGAGAGAUUGGGACAAGACAUAAAGCAAUCAUUUUUCAAGGUGCCUCCUUUGAUCCAGAAAACCUAUUCAGAUCCUGACCAUUGCCGUGUUGCAGCACCAAUUGAUGACAAUGUGGAUGACAAUAUUCCGCUGAGAGUAAUGCUCCUCCUUAUGGAUGAAGUCUUUGAUUUAAAGGAAAGAAAUCAGUGGUUAAGAAGAAAUAUAAAAAAUCUGCUUCAGCAACUUAUUAGAGCAACAUAUGGUGACACAAUUAACAGAAAAAUAGUUGAUCAUGUUGAUUGGAUGACAUCUCCUGAACAAGUAGCAGAUGCGGUGAAACGCUUCAGAGAUGCUUUUUGGCCCAAUGGUAUUUUAGCAGAGACUGUUCCACGGAGGGACAAAGCUAUUAGAAUGAGAACAAGAGUGGCAGGGAAGACCAAAUUACUGGAGGUAAUGCCAGAUGAACUGAAGCACAUCAUAGGCGCUGAGACAACACGGAAAGGCAUUCUUCGGGUCUUUGAAAUGUUCCAGCAUGCUCAACUGAAUAAGAGAAUGGUGUACGUGUUUCUGGAGAGAUUCCUAGAAACCUUAUUUCCACAAAAUAAGUUCCAUGAGCUCUUCAACAAACUGCAUUCACGGUCAAAGCAGAUGCAGAGAUAUAAGCAGAGACUACAUUCUACUCAAGCGCCUUCCUUGCAGAAAAGUCUUCUAGUGUCACAUAUUAGAUUAUUAAUGCAUCUGUAAGACCUGUGGAUCUUCUCAUCUUCACUUGUAAUUCAACCACUACCAGAAGGGUUUGUGUGUCCUAAAUGAUUUGGUGCGUCUUCAUGCAACAUUGAGAAGAAUACUGGCCCAAUAUGUAAGAAUGCUGAUUCCUUCUGUUCCUGAGUCGAUGUUUUACCAGCAAUGAAAAGUGCCAGACUGUUCAAGUAAAGCACAACUAUGGUGAUGCAAUGGAAGAAAAGGAUGUUUCGGCACUGGGAGAUAGUGCAAUGUGUGAGAAUCAGGUGGAAUUCUUCUACGUUAUGACUGUUGAGGCUCUGUAGGGCUCUUUUUUAACAUCCCUGUAAAGGCUGAGCUAACAGGAAAAGCAGUCUCUGGAAUAGCAGGUUCAUAGGAGAGGGGAGGAAUAGUUAUAGCCCCAUCAUAAAAGUACAUUUAUUAAAGAAAAGUUGAGGUAAUAUGGCUUUUAUGCCACAUGUACUUCACCUUUCAUGUUUUGAAAAAUGAACUAACGUUAGAUCUAAUGGGGGGUUUAGUAAAGGCAGGGGUGCAGUAGAAAUAAACCCUUUAUUCGAUUAUUCUGUAGCUUUAAGGGCCAUAUUCUGCUCUUAUAGCACCUGGCAUACAUUUUGCAUGUAACUUCAGUGGAGAAGGGACAUCAUAUUUAUGUUCAAUUGGCGUAUUUGAAUAUAUGUCAAGUUGAUAGUUGUAGAAGGAAGGGGGUACAUGUUUCAAAGAGGAUAGACAUCAUGUUAGAAGAUGAAGAAAUUGCACUAAGGCACAGUUUACACACAACUCCCCACUAAAAUUUGAAACUUUUUUUGGGUGUAAAAGACUAUGUCCUACUUCAUUGAAAGAUUCCUUACCUUUUAGUGUGUAAACCUCAUACGGAAAAAUAUUAGAAUUAGUUGGUUCCUCACAGGUAAAGGAUUUCAUUAGUCAUAUGCAAACACUUGGAAAUUCCUGAACACAUCUCAAUGUAUAUAUGAAAAUAAAAAGGAGAUAAAACUACAAUAUUUUUUUAAAUAAUUUUUUUAUUUUUUGCAUAGUGUAAAAUUUUAAUAAAAAUUUGACAUCAAGGCCCCACAUCCAUCUGUUUAGUUUCAUUGAAGGAUUUCUGUCCAAUUAAAAGUAAAGUAACAACUGAAUAAUCCUGUUUGGCCACAGCAUAUCUCAGUUUGUGUUCUCUUUCAUAGUCCCCAGCUGUUUAAGCACCACUAUCCGGGUGAAUAGAAAGUAAUCCUAUAGAGUCCGUUUUUUAUUUUUUCUGAAUGCUAAGCACAGGGUAAGAUACAGCUAUUGAUCAACGAUCCUUAUAGUAAUUUGUGUCUUAAUGGGAACAAAUGAUCCUUUUAUGUGAGGGAGGAACAUAGACCUUUUAUGAAAGUGUUCUAAGAGAAGACAGAAGGCUUUCAAAGGACCUAGUUAAAUUGACUGAAGCCUCUAGGUAGAUCAUUUUUUUUUUUCUCAUGGACUCUAUUAAUGCAAUGUAGCCUUUUAUCAUACUACUUAAUGAUGAUCAUAUUGUACUGUUAACAUUCUCAUACAGUAUGCAUGGGCUCAAGUGCACUUGUUUUUUUUUUUCUUUAUUGCAGAACUAAAUACUGUAAAUGAGAUCCCUUUCUUUUAUAAUCCCUAGGAAGACAAGUUGUUAAAUAUGUAAGAACCCUUCCCCCUUCCUCUCUGCAGGUUCUGUAGAAGUGUGAUGAUUAAGUGCUGUUGAAUUUAAUAAAAUUAUUGAGUUCUGUGUGAAGUAUCAACAUAGCCAGCUCCUAUUGUUUACAUGCUUGUAUCUUCCCCUGAUGUCAGGGUGCUCAAGCAUACCUGACAUCUGACUAAUGAAAGAUCAUUCAGCAAUUGUUCUUGGUGAUAUAGUAAAUAUAUCAUUGAUCCUACCAAAUUAAUUUAUGUCUUUUAAAUCACUGAAUUUGUUAUGCAGUAUGAAAGUGGGAAGUUCAAAUACUGUUUUGUCAAAUCUGUGGAACCUUUUAUCUAUCUGUUGGUACCAUGAAAAACUUCAAGAGAAUAGUUACCAUGUGCAAAUUUGGGAUUUUUUUAAAAUUAUCUGGUACAUUUCUGUACAAAAAUAAAAUAAUAUCUCUAGGAAUGUGAACUGAACAUAAUACACCAUGUUUAUUAGUCAUUUUACUUAAGGAAUUUAUUACAUAUAUAUACCUAUACACACAUUUUUAUACAUGUGUGUGCAUAUGUAUAUAUGUCUCGAAGUUUUGUUUUCUGUAUUUAAUUACAGAAUGUGGCUUACUAUUCAGUGGUGCCUGUUGGCUGGCAAGAAUCAUCAGUAAUGAAUAUUUUUGGUUUAAAAAGUUUGUAUGUAUCUUUAUUUAAAUGGUUUUCCUGUUGCUGAUUUAAAAUACCUGCCCUGUCAACCCAUGCAGCCUAUUAUCCUAGAAAGUCUCCAAAACUGAAUGUUAAUAUGCAGCACUUAAGUGUCUGGGUGUAUCUUCUGGCCUUUGGGUGCUGUGACUGGCCGCUGAAAAUUGUGCCAUUGUCAACAAAUGCACUUGUUUUAGCCUUAAUUAUUUUUAAGAGAAAAUGAGCAAUUGAAUUUUUCAUUUGGUUCAUCCUCAAGCUUGUGCUGCUGGUGUUUGCUAGAACUAAACAGUAAAUUUUAAGUGCUACCAGAAUGUGUACCAAAAUAAAAAUAUAUGAAUUCCACAAUCUAAAUUUUAAUUUUGUGCAAUAUUUUCAUUUAAUGCAUGUGUAUUUGAAUAACUGUAAAAUAAAUGAAUUUUUAAUGUUUUGAAGUAUAGGUUAAAAAAAAGGUCUUCUCAGCUGAACAAUUUUGCAUUCUGUUGUUGCAUUAGUUUAUUUAAGGACUUGUUUUAAAAGUCUUAUUUCUUACUCCUUUGUUAAUUCCCUUGUUCUCAAUGAUCCUUGCUCAUCUGAGCAAAGCCCAUAUUAUUACAAGGGAAAAUUCUGAAGAGCACAUCUCAUGAAUAUAGCUGUUAUAAAUUACUUGUGCAUAUCAUUGUACAGUAAGUGUCAGCUGUGUGCCUAAUUGUUCUAUUGAUGCUUUUUCCCUCCCUUCCCUCUCCUCUUGUUUCCGUAACAAAGAAUGAACAUGAAACAGGCUGCCAUGGUCACUUCUACUGAAUGGCAGAGGACUCUGAAAUUUUUUUUGGAGUUUGCAUUUAUGUUCUGUCCAAUAGAAAGCUAAAAAAUUACACUAAUAAAGUAUUAACAGGA